AUGAAGUUCAAAGAAAGCGUCAAUGGCGCCGUCAAUGGCAUCCUUGACCGGCUCAAGAACGCCGUCAACCGCAUCGACGACCGCGUAAAUCAGUCCACCUUCGGACGCGUCUUCCGCCUCAAGGGCUCCGGCCAUGAGAACGAAAUCCACGAUGCCACCUUCUCGGCUGAGCUCCGCGCCGGGCUGACUACAUUCGCCACCAUGGUAUACAUCAUCGCCGUCAACGCCCACAUUCUCUCCGACACGGGUGCCAACUGUGUAUGCAAGAACAAGAAUGACCUCGGCCUCUGCUCCAACGAGGCCGAGUACGUAAUGUGCCAGAAUGAGGUUCGGCGCGAUCUUGUCACCGCCACCGCCGCCGUUGCGGGCUUCUCCAGCAUCGUGUUUGGCUUCCUCACCAACCUUCCAGUCGCUUUGGCUCCUGGAAUGGGUCUCAAUGCGUACUUCACCUACCAGGUCGUCGGUGUCCGGGGUUCUGGUGGCAUCCCCUACGGCCUCGCCCUGACUGCAGUUUUUGUCGAGGGGUUCAUAUUCAUCCUGCUCGCCAUUACUGGCAUGCGUCACUGGAUGGUCAAGAUUAUCCCUGGAACCCUCAAAACCGCCUCGGGUGUCGGCAUCGGGCUCUUUCUUACCCUCACUGGCAUGUCCUACGGGAACGGCAUUGGACUCGUCACCGGAAGCGUCUCGACGCCCCUCGCCAUCGGCGGCUGCCCACCCGAGUACCUGAUUCGCGGAGAAUGCCCCAGGGACAUUAUGAAGAGUCACAAGAUGUGGCUCGGAAUUUUCGGCGGACUUCUCACAGCAUGGCUAAUGGCCUUUCGAGUUCGGUCGGCCAUCAUCAUUGGCGUCGCGGCAGUGUCCAUCCUUUCGUGGCCGCGCAACACCUCCAUCUCCUAUUUCCCUCACACCGAGGAGGGUGACUCACGGUUCGAGUUCUUCAGUCGCAUUGUCGAGUUCCAUCCCAUCAAGCACACCCUCAGCGCCCAGGAGUGGGACCUCACCGGUAAGGGCGCUCGCUUCAUGAUUGCCUUGGUCACGUUCCUGUAUGUGGACAUUAUCGACUGCACUGCCACCUUGUACUCGAUGGCCCGAUUCUGCGGCAAGGUUGACGAGAAGGACGGAGAUUUCCCGCGCUCAACGCUGGCCUACUGCACCGAUGCUGCCCUCAUCUCGUUCGGCUCGCUGCUGGGAUGUUCCCCAGUGACGGUGUUCGUGGAGAGUGGUGCCGGCAUCGCUGAGGGAGGCCGGACCGGCCUCACAGCCAUCACGACGGGGAUCUGCUUCAUUCUUGCCAUCUUCUUUGCGCCCAUCUUCGCGUCGAUUCCCCCAUGGGCCACCGGUUGCACUCUGAUUCUAGUCGGCUGUUUGAUGAUCCGGCAAGUGACGUGCGUCAACUGGAGCUACAUUGGUGAUGCGCUCCCUUCGUUCGUCACCAUUGCCCUCAUCCCUUUCAGCUACAGCGUGGCAUACGGCCUUAUUGCGGGAAUCUUCACAUACACUGUCCUCAACUCGCUGAUCUGGCUCGUCAUCUUUGUCAGCCGCGGAGAGCUGGAGCCCAAGGACUACGGCCGCAAGGAGUACUGGACGUGGAGGCCGGCGGGCAGAAAGCCUUGGCUGAUCCGUCUUUUCACCAAGGGCCAGUACUGGGCCGAGGAGCGGCUUCACUCCAAGCGAGACGGUGAGGAGGAGCGCUCCAUCCAGCACUCGCACCGAUCGGCGGCGUCUUCCGAGGAGAAGGCAAACGAGGAGCAGGCAGCGGCAUCGAUGCCGCAACCCAGCACGGCGCGUCAGUAACCGUGAGGUGAGUCUUGACCAAGCAAGCACAUUCCCGUGCGCCUGCUUGCUCAUGGCACUUUCCCUCCUGACCUAAAACCACCAACACCCCAACGACUCGCGCUGUCUUUUAAUUUCUGCGAUGUGCACUUUGCUACUAUUGGCAUUUGUAAGACCUGGGCUAUGGAGGAUCUUCCAUUUCUUCAUGUGCUUGUCUCAAGUUAAGUAUACUUAUUUCAUGUCACAUUUGGCACAACAUUUUGCGGUGGGAUGGUGGUGCAUAGAGAAACGGGAGUUUUUGGAGCGGGCACACAAAAAGUGUGGUAGGCCCAGUAGAAAGUAGAGUAGAUGCCUGAAUAGCGUACCAAGCGGGUAGAGACGACUUGGAUGGCACAAAGAGGUUAACUACGUUGUGUUCUCAUUGAGACUACCUACCUCUAGAUGCCUGGAGAAGAUAUUAUAUGUCUUCAGUCGAAAGGUG